AUGGGCAUCAACCGUGUUGUUCAGUUUCAAUUCAAGUCUGAUGUCACUAAUGAUGCCAUUGAAAAGGUUUCAUCCAAGAUCCUGGCGCUGAAAGACGGCUGUCUCCAUCAAGAAUCCAAGAAGCCGUACAUCCAGUCCAUCCAAGGCGGCGCGGACAACUCCCCCGAAGGACUUCAGGGAGGAAUCACCCACGCAUUCGUCAUCCAAUUUGCAGGAGCCGAGGACAGAGACUAUUACGCGCUCAAGGACCCCGUCCACCUCGCUGUCGUGGAUGAGCUGGGCCCUAUGGUAGAGAAAGUUCAGAUCAUUGACCUUCCCAGAAACGACUAA